AUGUCAGAGGCAUUAUAUAAUGCUUACGACACACCAACCGAACUGUUUUUGGGAGGAGCAUUGAUGGGGAUCUCCAUGCUGCUUACUCUGCACUCUAUAUUCCAUAUGGCGGUCCGUCGCUCGACAGUAUCAAAGUAUUAUCUGUUUCCAGUGGUCAAUGGUCUCCUCUUUAUUUCUGAAAUCCUAACCCUAAUAAAAAUUUUGGCACCCUAUACGCGAAUAUGGGUGACGGUCAUGCGCAAUGGCAUUUUUAUCGUACUCAGACCGGCUAUUUUGUACUUGGCUUUCUUGAGAUGUCAAGCCGUAUAUGCUCCGUGCAGGAAACACAGCCGGCUCCAUUAUUUGGUGAUUGCAUUUGCGGUAUUACAGUUAACCGGCUUAUUCAUUGCCAGCACUCAGUACAAUAAAUCAUGUCAAGUUCAAAACGACAAAUGUGAAACCGACGAUUGGGAAAUCAUAUAUAAUAUCAACGACUGGGUCACUCCCUUACUUAGAUUUUACUAUCUGAUUCUGGAAGGCAUAUUUCUUGUUGUCGUUUUCAACACGUUUCGUCGUAGUGAUCUCAGCGAGGAUCCUCAGAUAGUUCGUCAUCGCAAAUUUCAAUCAUUUUUCUUCUAUCUCGAUCUCCUUUUUCUUACAUUUUCAUCCACAUAUCACUUUCUAUGCAUAUUCGUAUCAUUAAACUUUACAUACGAAACCCUUGAAUUAUUCAGUAUAGCAUUCACUGUGUUCUGUAUGACAGAGUUUGGAUUGGUUAUUCCUAAGCUAUUCAAGAGUAUUCACACUCGUGAUAUCGAGUUACGAAAUCACCUUUCAUCAAAGAAAGCAAAUAGUAUUUCCGACGAGUUGGUGAGUAACAUUGGUAAUGCGGUACUGAGUGAGGACGAGGAAAAACAGCUUGAGUCAGUAGACAGUAAGGAAGAUGAAUCAGAUGUAAAGGCGACAAAUAAGAUUAAUGAACAGGGUAGUGCGUCGUUAGCUACUACUUACGAUACAAACAAUACAAGUAUUUUUUCAAGUGGUAGCGAGCAUGAACUUACCACUCGCGAUGUGUCUAGUAUAAGACUCGAGCGAGAUAUGUAA